AUGGCCGACAUUAAGAAACCCAAGGACACCAAGGCUUUCCUUACCGACUUCAUGAUGGGUGGUGUUUCCGCCGCGGUCUCCAAGACCGCUGCCGCCCCCAUCGAGCGUAUCAAGCUCCUUGUCCAGAACCAGGACGAGAUGAUCAAGCAGGGCCGUCUCGCGACCCCCUACAAGGGUAUUGGUGACUGCUUCGCCAGGACCUACGCCGACGAGGGUCUUACCUCUUUCUGGCGAGGUAACACCGCCAACGUCAUCCGAUACUUCCCUACCCAGGCUUUGAACUUUGCCUUCAAGGACUACUUCAAGUCUCUCUUCGGCUUCAAGAAGAACGAGGGCUACUGGAAGUGGUUCGCUGGUAACAUUGCCUCCGGUGGUGCCGCUGGUGCUUCUUCUCUUCUCUUCGUCUACUCUCUCGACUACGCCCGUACCCGUCUUGCCAACGACGCCAAGUCCUCCAAGAAGGGUGGUGAGCGUCAGUUCAACGGUUUGGUCGACGUCUACAAGAAGACCCUCGCUUCCGACGGUAUUGCCGGUCUCUACCGAGGUUUCGUUCCCUCCGUCGCCGGUAUCAUUGUCUACCGAGGUCUCUACUUCGGUCUCUACGACUCUAUCAAGCCUGUCAUCCUCGUUGGUCCUCUUGAGGGCAACUUUGCCGCUUCCUUCGCUCUUGGUUGGGCCGUCACCACCUCUGCCGGUCUCGCUUCUUACCCCUUGGACACUAUCCGACGACGAAUGAUGAUGACUUCUGGUGGUACCGUCCACUACAAGUCCAUGUUCGACGCCGCUUCUCAGAUCGUCGCCAAGGAGGGUAUCAAGUCUCUCUUCAAGGGUGCCGGUGCCAACAUCCUCCGUGGUGUUGCCGGUGCUGGUGUCUUGUCUCUCUACGACAAGGCCCAGGAGCUCAUGUUCGGCAAGGUUUACGCUGGUGGUUCCGGAUAA